AGCAGGGGCGGACUGACCAUUUGGAAACUCGGGCACUGCCCGAGGGCCCGAGGUCAGUAAGGGGCCCCAUGAGAUGCCCCUGGUACCUUUUUCAUAGGCUUUUUUGAGUUUGGGCAAGAACACAGGGGCCCCAUGAUCCCCUAUUGCCUGGGGGCCCCAUGAGUUGUCAAUCUGCCCAUGGUUUCUCGUUACUUAUGAAAAACUUUUUGGGGUUUGGAAAAGUACUAUUCCUACUGCAGGUUGCAGCUCUGCUACAGCCAAAGAAAUCGUUCAGCAAACUUAACUAU